UGUUUACUAUCAGACCCACAUCCGUCGCCAGGGCCUGUAUACAUGUCUAUAGCCUCCCCUCCCAGUCUAUGUGCGACUAGCUGCCUGAACCUCUGGGGUUUUCGUCUGUCAAUGUCUUAAGGGGGUGGAGAACAGAGAGAAAAGAUGAGUAUAACACCUUCCUUGCCCGGGUGGUUUGACGUGGGCCGCGAGAAACCCUUCCCGGCCAUCUACCCUGAGCUUAAAACCCCCGUGACUGUUGACGUGCUGGAGAUCGGGUGGGUGACCGCUUUCUUCACCCUCCUCGUCCCCUUCCUCCUUAUUCUGCCUGCGUUUACGGGCUGCCGGAAAAAGGCUCUAGUCUUCAUCAGAGUAUCCUUCUUCCUACUGCUCGGCCUCAGCAUAAUGUUGUGCAACUUCGGCCAGGACUGGGAGGUGGGGCAGCUGACCACAAGGACCGCGUAUCGUGCAGGAACAGCGCAGGAGAUCAGAGCCAGGGUGGGGGUGAGACUCGGCUUGCGGUCGGUCAACAUUACUCUGAAAGCUGUCGAAAAACCCGAAGGUGAUUUAGCAGGAGAGAAAAUCGACUACAACGAAAGAUUUUACUGGACUUGGGCACAGGGCAGAGCUGGCUUUGGGCCCUUUGCUGGACAAAUACAACAGGAUUUCCGAGCGGCUCAGCAUAGGGGUGUUCCUUAUCCUAUCUUGUGGGUGGCCGAAUAUUUUACGUAUGACGGUGAAGGAUUCAGAUUUGGCCGACACUAUCGCCUGUCCGGGUGGUACGCCCAUAUGUGUAUUUGGUUCGCCUUCCCCCUGUGGCUCCUGACGAUAAUUCUGGCCAAGAUAAACCUCAACUAUGCUUCAAAGACGAUGAUCCUGAUGGGCAUCUCCCUCGCCUCCGCCGCUGUCAUAUGGGCGGCCCACAGGAACCCGAUCGAGCUGCAGGUGCCCUUUGAGGAGGCGAUUCUUACCACCCACUUCGGUGUCUAUUGGUACCUGUGUCUCUUGGCUGGUCUGGUGUGCAUAGUGCUCGGCAUCGCGAUAUAUUUCCUCUCGGAUAAGUAUUACGAUGAACUGUCUUCCUUCUUCGGCAACAAUCCCUUGCAAUAUGUGGAAGAGGAGAUCGCUGAGGAGACACAAGACAAGGCAGGACCAUCUAACGAGGUGGAGAUGGAGAGAAUGGACAACCGACAACAGCCAACGCUGAGGUACAGGACCCGAGCUCGAGGAACGAGUAUGUGGAAGGAGAAACCGCUGGCAGCGAACCAGCCUCCGCGGCCUUUCUUGGCCCGUGUUGCCGAGAGUCAACAGAGAAACGUUCCCGUGAACUACCAGCAGCCACCACCCGCCCAGGCCUUUGGCAACCAGGCAUACGACGACGACCAGCAAUACGACCAGAUUGACAACCAGGGCUACCAUCACCAGGGCUACAACCAAGGCUACCAACCAGGCACUCAGGGCUACCAACCAGACACUCAAGGCUACCAGCCAGGCAAUCAGGGCUACCAGCCAGGCACUCAGGGCUACCAACCGACCCAGGGCUACCAGGCUCAGGGCUACGACCACAGCCAAGGCUACGGGCACGGCUACAACGAGCAGGGCUACCAAGAGGACGAGGAAGAGCCUCUUUACAGCAACGUGGAAAGCUCGGCCAUGAGCCCGCCUGUCGCGCCGCCACGCCCACCGAAGCCGCCCAAAUACUAGGAGACAUAGUGCCAAUAGAGCGAAGAUCACAGCAAUAAUUAUAACAUCUAUAACAACAGCGACAUUAACAGUAACAACAUCUAAUAUAACAACAGCAGCAGCAAUAACAACUACAGCAGCUACAAACAAACAAUAACAACAACGAAAGUAGCAGCAACAUUAACAACAAUAACAAUAAUAACAACAACAACAAACCUCUUCAACACGCCCGGUUGUGGUGCAGAGAGGAGAACAAUUCGAAGAACAUCGAGAAAGUGAAGAGAAGUUACCUAGUUGUUGCAAUAACAGCGCUGUCGUAACGAACGCCAUCUUGCGUCGCGCGUGGGAAAUAUAAUCUCCGGAACAAUUUUCUUUCUCCCUUUCUUGACUUGACGAACAAUCGCGAUGGAAGGAAUGAGGAACACGGAG